CCUUGCCUUUUAGGACUCCUCAGUGGGCAGACCUCUCCAACCAACGCCAAACUGGAAAAGCUGGACCCCCAGCAGGUGCUGCAGCUGUGUCUCCGGUACCAAGAUCAUCUUCACCAGUGUGCAGAAGCGGUUGCCUUUGAUCAGAACGCACUUGUGAAGCGGAUCAAGGAGAUGGACCUCUCUGUGGAAACUCUUUAUAGCUUCAUGCAGGAGCGCCAGAAGAAGUAUGCUAAGUAUGCGGAGCAGAUCCAGAAGGUCAAUGAGAUGUCUGCCAUCCUCCGCCGUAUACAGAUGGGCAUUGACCAGACGAUCCCGCUGAUGGAGCGGCUGAACAGCAUGCUGCCAGAGAGCGAGAGGCUGGAGCCCUUCAGCAUGAAACCCGACCGGGAGCUAAAGUCUUAG